AUGGUAUCUUUUGAUGUCACGUCCCUCUUUACUUCUAUCCCCCAGGAUCUGGCAAUCGAGACCGUCCAGCUACUCCUACGAAACAAAUACGAUGAAACGGAGAAUCCUCUCGGACAUGCCCAAGUCCUUCAGCUCCUAAAGUUCUGUCUCAGGACGUACUUCACGUUUGACGGAACAAUCUACGAGCAAGUGAAGGGAACACCGAUGGGCUCGCCGAUUUCGGGAUUCAUUGCCGAGGCGGUGCUACAGCGGUUGGAGUCGCUGGUCUUCCAACACCACAGACCGAAAUUCUGGGCUCGGUAUGUGGACGAUACCUUCGUCGUCAUCGAACGGGAUCAGGUGCUAACGUUCAAAGAACGUCUCAACAGCGUCUUCCCGGACAUACAAUUCACGAUGGAGGAGGAAGAGAAUAACCAGCUGGCAUUCCUUGAUGUCCUCGUCUGUCGCAAAGAUUGUGGUGGCCUAAAGACCAAAGUGUUCAGAAAAGCAACGAACACGACGCAAAUUCUGAACUUCAACAGUAACCACCCAAUCUGCCACAAACGCAGUUGCGUAAGAACGCUAUUUCGGCGUGUUGAAAUGCAUUGCAGUGAACCGGAAGACAAGGUUGCCGAAUCCCAAUAUCUUCGACGGGUUUUCCGAGAAAACGGUUACCCGCGCAACUUCGUCAACCAGUGCUUGCGCAAACGAGACGAGCGACAAAAUCGCGCCGACCCCAAAUUCUGGCGAGCGAUCCCGUACAUCAAGAACGUCUCCGAGGCCGUUAGCCGCCUUCUUGCACCACUUGGGGUUGGAGUUGCGCACAGACCGGAGGCCACCAUGAGGCGUCAAGUGAUGAGACCAAAAGACCCACUGCCACGGCAAGAAACAUCUGGAGUCGUUUACCGGAUCUGGUGCAGUUGCGGACAAAGCAACUACGUCGGAGAAACUGGAAGACUGCUCCGGACGCGAAUUGCCGAACACGUUGCAGCUGUACGGAGAAAUGACGCCAACUCUCAGGUCGCGGCCCAUUCGACGAGACCCGGCCACACAUUCAAGUUCGAUGAGGCCGAAAUUCUCGCGAGAGGGGAUAAUCGCGUGAGCCGCGAGUUGCUUGAGUCAUGGUUCACGGGACCUCAGUCUAUCAACAAGUGCAAUGACAUCCCCACUCCAUAUUCAGUCCUGAGGCAUAGACUGGCCAAAGCAAUUGACCACUCGAGGAGCGCGCAAGCACGUGAGCCAGAUGGCCGAGCAAUCAUCUCGCCAGCAUCCAACACGGGUGAUGAGAUGUCAGCAAUUAACAAUUUGCAUGCCGGCCAUCAAGCAAUUAGCGCACCUGCGGGCAACAAUCCUUGA